AUGCAACACAGCAACACAGGAGGGGGCUUUUUCUCCAAAAUCAGAGAAAACUACAGCACCAGAUUUGCCAAUCUUUCGUUGUCGUCACCCGUAGAAAAAGAUGGUUCGACAGAAGAUGACACCUUGAUUCAUCGUGCGUUUGUGAAAUACUAUGAAUCAAAGGGUCUUCCCUAUCCAGAUUGGCUCGGGGUGAAAACAUUUGAUCAACAGCAUUCCAAUCAACAACAACCGGCAUAUGGCCGAUCGCAAAGUUAUUCCACUGGGGCUAAUAAUGGCGGAGGCCAUGCAUAUCGGGGCCACUCAUCUUCGUCACAAUUUCAACCGGUACGGCAGGAUAACUUAUUCAACAAGAGUUACGCCCAAAGGUCUUUCAACCAACAGAGACAGGAUGAAAAUGAUGCUAACAUACAACUACAAGAACAAGGACAAGGAAAAGCCCCACCACCAUUUCAGAGAAGUUCGAGUAAAUUACAAGACAUGUAUAACAAAUCUCGACAACAAUCAACGCCAGGAUCGGGAUAUAAUCUCAGUAGGUACAGUCGUUAG